CUAUAAAAGGGUGGAGCGGCGCGGCGGCGGGCGAGUCGGCGGGUGUCUAGGCGGCCGGUGCGUUGCGUGAGCGUGGCAGUGAUGUCGGGUCGUGGGAAGCAAGGCGGUAAGGCGCGCGCCAAGGCCAAGUCGCGGUCGUCGCGCGCCGGGCUGCAGUUCCCCGUGGGCCGGGUGCACCGGCUGCUGCGCAAGGGCAACUACGCCGAGCGCGUCGGCGCCGGCGCGCCCGUCUACAUGGCGGCCGUGCUCGAGUACCUGACGGCCGAGAUCCUGGAGCUGGCGGGCAACGCGGCGCGCGACAACAAGAAGACGCGCAUCAUCCCGCGCCACCUGCAGCUGGCCAUCCGCAACGACGAGGAGCUCAACAAGCUGCUGGGCAAGGUGACGAUCGCGCAGGGCGGCGUGCUGCCCAACAUCCAGGCCGUGCUGCUGCCCAAGAAGACGGAGAGCCACCACAAGGCCAAGGGCAAGUGAGGCCGGCGGCGGGAGCCCGGCCCUGCCCGCGUCCGCGAGGGGCGCUCGCGAAACCAAAGGCUCUUUUCAGAGCCAC